CGUAAGAGUUUUUUUCAAAUUCUUUAUAAUUUUUUGAAUGUUCUUAAUAAAAUGAAGUUUUCCUUCUUUCAUAUAUGUAGUUGCCUUUCUCUAAAUACUCUUGUACUGCAUAUACACUUUGAUCGUAGAAAACCUUUUUGUGGUUAUUGUAUGAGUUUGUAAAUUGUGAAUAUAUUGUAUUGAGAAAAACAGAGAGCCAUCUUUGAGGAAUACAAAACACGCAUGAACUGACCUUGUAAACAUUCCACUACGUGUUAAUGAACAUCUACACAUAAUAAUUAUUAUACAAGAACUUGGUAGUCACGUCUUUGCUCUUUUUAUAUGGUAAAGAAAUGUUUCUUUCCAUCUGAUCAAGUCAUCUCAAACAAAUUCAUCUCUCAUCAUAGGUUCCCGUUCCAAGUUAACGAUCUGAUUGAUGGAGGAGGCGAAACCGAGGAAGAGUUUGACAGGCAGCAGCAGCAGAGAGUCAUUGAAGACCAAGAAUCCGUUUAGCCGUGUGCUGAAUGAAGAAGACCAGAACAAAAGCAAGACAGGAUUGUCAAUGAGGAAGUCAUGGUCCACGGACUCGCUUGGCCUGCUCGGUAACAGCAACACGUUGGGGAAGACAUGCAUCUGUGCUCCAACAAAGCACGAAGGGUCCUUCCGUUGCAGGCUUCACCGCACAUCUGCCACAAGCCAAGGUGCAACAGCUGCUACGCAACUUCAUCUACCAAAGCCCUUGCUUCCUUCUAGUCGUCUCAGUGACUACUAGUCUUUUUGUGUUGUUCACAUCAUGAAAAUCAAUAUGGUCUGAUUUAAGAUUGUUACUGUUUUUUUUGUUAUUCGCAAAAAACAAAAUGGUGUGGUAUAUUUUUAUACAUGUGGUACACAUUGUAACUCAUGUGUUUGGGCAUCUAUUGUG